GUAUUUUCGGGUCAGUGUAGAAGUCGGAGGAGCGACCGUGUCUUCUUAUUUAUUUUAUUUUCCGAGAUAAUUAGUUACAAUGGAAGAAGACACAGAAUACCUCAAGCUUCCCCUGGAGGACAGGUGUAUCCACAAGCUCUGGAAGGCACGAUUGAGUGGAUAUGAAGAAUGCACAAAGCACUUCCCAAAGAUUGUGGAUGAACGGUCCCCAGAAUUCAACAAAUUUGCUCCUCUUAUGAAAAAAUUUGUAACAGAUAGCAAUGCAGUUGCACAAGAGAAAGCAUUGGAAGCUGUACUGGCUUUUGUGGAAAAUGCGCAUGUGGCUGGAAGGACGACAGCAGAUGUUACAAAUGGAAUCGUUCAAAAAUGUUUAGCGGCACCAAAACGCGGUACACAGGAAAAAGCACUGGAGGUGAUUCUCAUGUAUUGUGAAAUUGAGAAAUAUGAAGUGGUUCAAGAGGAACUGAUGAAAGGUUUUACACAGAAAAAUCCCAAAGUUGUUGCUGCAUCUGUACGAGCAGUAACAACUGCUUUGAGAGAAUUUGGCCCAAAGGUUAUGAACCCAAAGCCACUCAUAAAGCAGAUGCAUACACUUCUGGAAGACAGGGACAAAAAUGUACGUGAGGAGAGCAAAAAGAUGGUCAUUGAGAUGUAUAGGUGGAUUCGACAGGCCCUCAAGCCACAGAUGUCUUCCUUGAAACCAGUGCAGAUCCAAGAACUUGAAGCAGAAUUUGACAAGCUUGGCAAUGAGAAGGUGGUCCAAACACGCUUCUUACGGUCGCAGCAGGACCUAAAGGCUAAAAUGGAAGCUCAAGGAGAUGAAGAGGAAGAGGAAGAUGAAGAGGUAGAAGCAGAGGCCCCAGAACUGGAUCCAUUCGAGUUCCUAGAGCCAGUCGACAUCCUCUCAAAGCUUCCUAAAGAUUUCUAUGAAAAGGCUGAAGCUACAAAAUGGAAGGAUCGCAAAGAAGCAGUAGACCUUCUCCUGCCCCUGUCCCAGAGUCCAAAAUUAGAGAGUGGAGAUUACCAUGAUCUUAUGAAGGUUCUUAAAAAGAUCAUUGGGAAGGACACCAAUGUAAUGAUUGUAGCAGUGGCUGCCCAGUGCUUGACAGGAUUGGCCAAGGGUUUGAAGAAGAAGUUUUCGCCUUUUGCCUUGUCCUUCACAGAAACCAUUUUAGAGAAAUUCAAGGAGAAAAAGGUCAACGUUGUCACAGCUCUGAGGGAGGCUAUUGAUGCAGUUUUCCAGGCAACUAAUAUUGAAUCUAUCCAAGAGACUGUUAGUGGUGCUUUGGCAAAUAAGAAUCCUCAAGUGAAGGCAGAGACUGCAGCCUUCUUGUCUCGUGCAUUUUGUUACUGCACUCCAACAGUUUUUAAUAAGAAGCUGUUGAAAGUAUAUGUUGGAGAUCUUGUAAAAACACUCAAUGAAUCAGAUCCAACUGUCCGUGAUAAUUCAGCAAUGGCUCUUGGUGUAAUGCUGAAAGUUGUUGGUGAGAAGCAGUUGAUGGUAUUCAUUGGAGAAGUGGAUAACCUUAAGAUGCAGAAGAUUAAAGAAGCAGCUGACAAGGCCGAGCUGAAGGUCAAAAUCUCGGCCCCCAAGGCAAAGAAACCAGCACCAAAGAAAGAGGCACCUCCACCGGCAGCUGAGCCUCCCCCUUCAACGACAGCUCCCCCGAGGAAAGUGGUGAAAGCUGGCGUCAAACCCGGAGCCUCGUCAGCAGGGCCGGCCAAAGGAAAAAAGCGUUUAAAAGGAGGAGGCGGAGGAGGUGGUGGUGGAGCAGGAGGCGGAGGAGUCAUAGAGGAAUGCACAGAAGCAGAACUUUCAAUAGAAGAUGCUGUUGAGAAAGCGAGUGAAGUCUUGCCUGAGGAUGUUGUCAGUGGAGUUACAGAUGCCAAUUGGAAGACCAGAUUGGCUGCUGUUGAAACCUUUGGCAAUACUAUCCAGACACUUGACCGGAGUGAAAUCCCAUGCCAGGCAUUAGUAAGAGUUCUGGCACAAAAACCAGGCUUCAAGGACAACAAUUUCCAGGUUCUCAAACUCAGACUAGAAGCUCUCAAAACCCUUGCUGAGAACUCUGACUUUACACGACGCUCUGGAGAAGUGUGCAUCCAAGACCUUGUUGAGAAAUUAGGUGAUCCAAAGAAUGGUUCUUUGUGUGGAGAGGUUCUCAUGACCAUAGCAGAGGCUGCCAAGCUGCAGUGGGUUGGGCCUGAGGUCAUGACCAGAGCCUUUGAACAGAAGAGUCCAAAGAUUCAGGAAAUGGCACUCAAGUGGUUAUCAGAUGCCAUCACGGACUUCGGAUUUGUACUACAACCAAAAGCUCUUAUUGGCGACAUUAAGAAAGCCUUAGCACAUACCAACCCUGGUGUGAGAACAGCAGGAAUCUCCCUGUGUGGUACUAUAUACCUUUACAUGGGAGCUACGCUUAGGGUCUUCUUUGAGGAUGAGAAGCCAGCACUUCUGCAGCAGAUUGAUUCAGAAUUUGAGAAGAUGAAUGGCACAAGUCCUCCGGCUCCUACGAGAGGCCUUAAUCGAGGCAGCAGUACAGAAAAUGAUGAUGAUGCUGAUGAUGUUGAUUCGGGUCCAGCUGUCAUCAACGUUCAAGAUCUUGUACCCCGAACGAAUAUCAGUGAUCAGCUAACAUCCUCCCUUUUCACAGAUUUAUCUGAUAAGAAUUGGAAGGUGAGAAAUGAAGCGCUACAGAAGGUUUCCAACAUUAUCUCAGAGGCCAAAUUCAUUAAGGGUGACAUUAGUGAACUCCCUACUGCUCUGUGUGCUCGAAUGAUGGACACUAACAAAAAUUUAGCUCUGGAGGCACUGAGAUUAACUGCAUCUCUCUCUGCUGCCCUUGGGCCAAAUUGCAAGCCUCAUACAAGGAACAUUGUGCCAGGAAUGUUAGCUGCUCUUGGAGACAGCAAGCAAAAUAUUCGUCAGCAGGCCUUGAGCACUCUUAACUCAUGGGUGGAGCAAACAGGCCUGAAAGAAACAGUUGAUGGUGAAGUAUUUUCUGAUGCCUUGAAGUCAGGCUCUCCCUUCCUCAAGUCGGAGUUGUUCUUGUGGAUGGCAGAGAAGCUAAAAGAUGCACCCCCAAAAUCUGUCAACAAAGAAGAGUUACACGCAUGCACACAGUACCUCUUCAUGGCCCUGGAAGAUCGUAACGCAGAUGUCCGGAAAGGUGCUAAUGAGGCUGUUCUGCCAUUCAUGAUACAUUUGGGAUAUGAUGGUAUGGUGAAACAUACCAAUAAAGUCAAGCCUUCAUCAAAGAACACUGUGAUGCAAGCUUUAGAGAAGGCUAAACCCAACCUCCCAGCUAAGCCUCAGCCCAAGCCAAAGGCAGCUGCUGGUGGAGGAACUGGUCGAGGGGCUGCAGGAGCCGUUGCAGAAAGGCCUCAGGCAAGUGCUCCAGCUGCAGGCAGGGGAGCUGCUGCAGGAGUCAAAAAGGGUCUGAGGGCUCCAUCAGCAACACGCACUGGUUCUGGAUCAAGCCGCAAAGACCAGGAAGAGGUCGACACAUCACCACUCCUCCAGGUGAAUAACCUAAAGCAGCAACGUGCUUCUGAUGAGCAGAGGCUCAGGGUCCUGCGCUGGGACUUCACAACCCCUCGGCAGGAGUUCAUCACCCAGUUGAAGGAUCAGAUGACUGCAGCAGGACUUAACAGACAGCUGAUGUCAAACAUGUUCCAUCAGGAUUUCAAAUUCCAUAUCAAGGCUAUUGAUGCUUUGAAUGAGGACCUCAACUCAAACCUCCCAGCUUGCAUCGCCAAUCUGGAUUUGGUAUUGAAGUGGUUAACUAUCCGGUUCUUCGACACUAACCCAUCGGUGAUCAUGAAGGCGAUGGAUUACCUGCAGCAGGUGUUCCAGUGCGUGUCGGAAGAAGGCUAUCACCUCCUUGACCUUGAAGCUUAUUCCUUCCUGCCUUUCUUAGUUACCAAGUUUGGUGACCCUAAGGAUGCUAUUAGAGGACCUGCAAGAAAUAUUGCAAAAUUGAUUUGCAAUAUAUACCCAGCUAGCAAAGUGUCUCCAUACAUGAUGGAUGGUCUUAAAGCAAAGAAUGCAAGGCAGAGAGCAGAAUGCUUGGAGGCCAUGGGCAACUUGAUAGAAGUGUAUGGAAUGUCAGUGUGUCAACCCUCUCCCGGUGUAGCACUGAAAGAAAUUGCCAAACAGAUUGCUGAUCGAGAUAACUCCGUCAGAAAUGCUGCUCUCAAUGCUCUGGUGCAGGUGUAUUUCCGUGAAGGUGAAAAGGUUUUCAAACUUGUUGGAAAUCUGUCAGACAAAGAUAUGAGCUUACUUGAAGAGCGUAUCAAACGUGCUGCCAAGAACAGACCGGUUAUUAAGAAGCCACCUGUCGAACCAGAAGUGCCCACUGUCAGAAGUGGUGGCGCGAGUGGCCGAGCUAAUCGGGUCAUCCCAACGCCAGCUCAGCCCGCGCCAGUGCUCACGAGAGAGAGAGAAGGUGCUGACGGAGCAACGGGAGGAGAACAGAGCAGUCUUCUAAAGAGCAGGUUUGGAAUGCGAAACCAGCAGCAGCAGUCAAGUGCAAAUGCAAAUGCACCAUUCAAGAUUGAUUAUGGUCUCAUAGAAAAACUGCUUGAGGACAAUGAUACCACAGAAAGACCCCAGUACAAGAUUGAGGAAAUCCCUGACAUGAACUCAUUACUCAACUACAAACCAGUGUGCCCAACUCCAGCGUCCAGACUCACCAGACCAGGAUUCACUGCGACCUCACGGCCAGUGUCUUCAGGAGCACAGAUUGACACUGAAGGUGCUGCUCAAGCAAUUAAUCUGGUUAUAUCACAGGUUGCCACCCCAGAUGCCAAUACUGUCAUCACAGCCCUGUCUCAAUUGGAUGAGGUCCUACAGUCGGAGGAGAGAAGUACCCAGCUGGCUCCACACAUUGACCAGCUGCUGAUACUGGCCACUCUCCAGUACCGUCUUGUCCUAAACACUAAAAUGGCUAACCCCAAUGUGAACAAAGAGGAGUGCAUCAAAAUAUACCGCUCCUUAACUAACUGUUUGAUGAUGAUCUUCAAUAACAAGCAACUGGGAACCCAAGCUACACGAGAUGUUCUCCGGGAUGUGGUUCAUGUGUUGAUUAACAUCUUGUUAGAUCCUCGUCUAGCACAGCUGGAGGAUGGUCCACAAAUCAUUCGAGCAAUCAACGUACUCGUUGUUCGCAUUGUGGAAAAAGCACAAUUUACUCAUGUAUUUAGUGCCCUUCUCAAGCUUCUACAUGAGAGUGUGGGAAGUGGAGGAGGAUGCAAGUUCACAGAACUCGUGAUGAAGUGCAACUGGAAGGUUAUUCGCAUUCUACCAACACGCUCUAAUGACCUAGAUCUUGACCAGAUUCUCCUGGAUGUUCACAAUUUCCUUGUGGCUUAUCCAGUCAACACGUGGGCAGAGCGACCAUCAGAUACUCCUUUGCGAACCAUUAAGACUGUCAUUCAUACUUUAUGUAAGGUAUAUGGCACGAACAUUCUCAGUCACUUCUCCAAGAUUGAAAAUGCUCAAGGCUCGGAACUCCACAAGUACCUUACGAAGACACUGAAGAAACCGAAGACGGAUGAUGAUGGAGGUGUUGGAGACAGUAACAGACUAGCAGCUGCUCAAGUCACAAGUGAUUCAGCAGAAAGUGUAAAAUCCCCAAAGAGAUUAAGCAAAACAGCGCACAACACCCUGUCAGAGAUUUUCCGCAAAAUUGGCUCAAAAGAGAACACAAAAGAAGGCUUGAUUCAGUUGUAUGAAUUCAAGCAGAAGCAUCCUGAGGCAGACAUCGAGCCCUUCUUGCGUAAAUCAUCACAGUUCUUCCAGAACUACAUAGAAAGAGGAUUGAAGAGAGUGGAGAUGGAGCGGCAAGCAGAAGGAAAAGUGGCUGCCAGUCAGGCUACAGAAAAUGGGUCAAAUUCAGCAGGACCCUUGGCUUCCAUCCAAGUCCCCGACACAGCUAACUUCAACAUGAAUGAACUUGUAGCACAGUUCAAGUCUAUUGCUGCCCGUGCCGGCUUCGACAAUACCUAUAUUGACAGUGCGGUCAAGGAUAUAUGCAGCGCUGAAAAUAAGGGCUCAAGUGAACGACUUGACAUCUCGGAAUAUAUCAAGACAUUGUCAUCUGACUAUGGAAUAGAACAGAACAAGGAACAGUUCAGUUCACAUGAUCAGUGAGCAGUUGGUGUCUUUUAGUUCUAGCACAAAAAAAAAAAAAAAAAAAAAAAAAAAAAAAAGGAACUGUUGGAAAAUGACGACUUUUUGAUUACCUUCCACCUUUUUUAAAUUUUAUACCAUCUCUCUGUUUUUGUUUUUAUUUUUUGUUUCCUAAUUUAUUUAUUUAUUAUUAUUAUUAUUAUUAUUAUUAUUAUUAUUAUUAUUAUUAUUAUUAUCAUCAUCAUUACUCAUAUCAACAGCUUACACUUUAAUUCUUGUUAUGAAGUGGUUUAGAAAGAUUUGCUGAACCCUGAUGAGUGACUGUGACGCUGUUAGGUUAAGGCCCAGUAAAUCUAUUGACAGGAUAAGGAUUUUUACAUGAACAAUUGCGAGAGAUGGAGUAUAAUGCCUUCUUUUUACUGUGUAUUUACUUUUAAAAUGAGGAACGUAUCACUUCUUAAUUCAUGGUGCAUAUAUUACAAAAGUUAUCUGCAGACACUCAAAUGCAUGUAGUUUAAUUCCUUGGGACUGCAUGUUUUCAUUCCAUCUCGUACUUGUUCAUGCUAUGUUCAAGGUAUUUAUGGCUAGCUGUUCUAAGACAUGGAAAUUUUUCUUGUGUAACAAUAAGUUUUGAGGUAAAAGAGGAUCCACAGAGAUGGUUUAUUCUCCCAAAGAAUCUUUAUACAUACACAUAUGCAGUAUAUCUGUGGCUGCUUUAGUUGGUAAUCUGAUCUAGGAACCCAGUGAUUAAUUAUAUUCUUAUCGUUAGGUUGGUUAAAAACUAUAUAUAUGAUUAUAUCUUCCAUAUUAAUCUGUCUUAUUCACAAAACACUUGCACAGCCUUUAUGUGACUCUAGAAAAUCAAUUAUUGAAUUACCACAGCUGCGCAUGUAAGUGGUAUAUUCAGACAUGAAUUCUUCCAUAUAUAUAAAUAUAUACAUAUAUGUCAGAUACUCAACUCCUCAAUAUUAGAAAGAUCUGUGAUCUCAUGAACUGAGUCAGAACAUUGAAUCUACACAAUUGCAGAUUUGCAGUAUUUACGCACUUCAGUCCCUUUCUUUUCCAUCUGAUAUUUUGAUGGUGUAAUACUUGUUUUCUUCAGUACAUCUCUGUCAGCUAUGCUUUUUUCUUAAUUAUUUUAUGAAAAUUUUCAGAUCAUUCCAUUAUUACUGAAAUGUUUUACUGUGUUGUAUUUGAAAAAGAAAAAAAAGGAGCUUUGGAAGUGAAACACGAGGUCCUUGCAUUAGUAAUCAUCAAGUAGCUGCAUUUUUGCAGGAAAUUUCAUCCAUGUUCAGAUUCUCCUGAACAAGUCUACAGCCUUCCCAUUACUGUUUACUUUUUAUUCUGAAUUUUUAGUUUUAUUUUCUCAUACAACAUUUACCUUGACCUCAAUGGAAGCUUUCGUAUCACAUGUAAUUUUCUUUUACAUAUCUUAACUUUAUUUUAAUAAAAUAUAGAGCAAAUUUUGUAAAUAUUCAAUUUUUAGUUACUUAUUAACUUAUCAGUCUAUGCUAGGAUUUAUUGUGGAUAGCUAAUAGUCAAUAAAGGUUAGAUAAAAAGUUAA